UGCAGCACGUGCACGUGCACAGCCAAGCCAAGCCAAGCCAAACAGCUCACUCGAUAGUCAACACUCGCUCCAUACUUUGUCGCUUGCCGUUGCGCCACGAGGUACCCCGGACGUCCAGCAGCGUCGGUACCGGUUAGUCGUCGUACGGCAUCCAGUCGCGGUCGCACAUCGCGCAAAACGGUCUCCCUUUUUGCUAACGUCCGGUCACGGACACGCUAAAGUGCGUACGGGGCAGCCUGGUCGCGGAAGCCAAGCUGUGUGUCUGUACUGACCGAUCCGGAUCGAGACGUAUCGUAUUUGUUCGGCUUCUGCAGUGAUUCUGCAGCCCCCAGUGCAAGUGGCCAGUGUCCAGUGACCGAUGUAGAGCUGGUGAUAGCAGCUGGAGUGUAGUGGCUGGAACACCGUUCGGUCCUGUUGACUAACGGGCGGACAACGGGCUCGCCUGGUAAUUGCAUACCAUCGGCAAUUCUCGAGAAGGUGAUGUCGCUUCACCGGAAGCAACCUUGAAUGCGGCCAUCUUGAGAGAGAGCGAGAGAGAGAACGAGUGCAAGGGUGGUGGGUGGGCAAGUUUAUAGUUAUAGUCCGUUCUUCGUGGUGCUAUUGCGGUGGUUGCUGCGUCCUUGCGCCACGGUGCAUCUCCUCGGACCACCAGGGAGAUUCACUGUCCACGUGUCGCCAAGGCUUCAAGCUGGGGAACUGCAUCGAAAGUGUGGCCGUCAUUCAAUCGAAAUUCGCCAAACACGGCCAGACGAUGACCACGGUGCUGUACUAUCUGCCACCAUCGCCACCCUGUCGAUCGGUGCUCCUGCUGGCGAAGAUGAUAGGCGUCGAGCUGGACCUGAAGGUGCUGAACGUGCUGGAGGGUGAACAGCUGAAGCCGGACUUUAUCGAGCUGAACCCUCAGCACUGCAUACCGACACUGGACGACCACGGGCUGGUGCUGUGGGAAAGUCGUGUAAUAAUGUCCUACCUGGUGUCGGUUUACGGUAAGGACGAAAGUCUAUAUCCCAAAGAUUUCCGCUCGCGAGCGAUCGUUGAUCAGCGGCUACACUUUGACCUAGGCACCCUUUACCAGCGAGUUGUAGAUUACUAUUUCCCGACCAUCUUCUUCGGCGCUCACCUGGACCAAACCAAGAAAGCGAAGCUGGCCGAGGCACUCGGAUGGUUCGACGCGAUGCUCAAACCGUACCAAUGGUCCGCUGCGAACCACUUUACGAUAGCGGACAUUUCCCUAUGCGUCACCGUCUCGCAGAUUGAAGCCUUCCAGUUCGAUUUGCUACCCUAUCCGCGUGUCCGUGCCUGGCUGCAGAAGUGCAAGGACGAGCUGGAACCACACGGCUACCAGGAGAUCAACGUAACCGGAGCGGAAACGCUGGCCGGAUUGUUUCGCUCGAAGCUGAAACAGUAGAACCCGAUAACGGUAGUGACCAAUAGAGAAGGAAAUUUAGCUUUACUGAAACACCAACACGGUUUUCACAUUCUUUUAUUUUUUAUUGUAUCCGUGGUUCCCCGGGGCGAGCCCCGGGCUAAUGGCGAGCGAAAUAAAGAUAU